AAUAUUGUCGUGUGACACAUGACAACAAAAAAAACACGGAAGAAGAAGGAAUCAGCUGACACUCGCUGACUGCUGUACUGUGCCGUUGUCAGUUUCUUACAGUGAUAACCAGCUUGCACUAUGGAAGACCAGGAGAUGCAGCUGAAAGUCAGACGAGUGACUGACAAAUUCACGGAGAGCAUGUACGUCCUGGCUAACGAGCCGUCGGUGGCUCUCUACAGACUGCAGGAACACGUCAGGAGGUCGCUGCCUGAACUGGUGCAGCACAAGACAGACAUGCAGAGCUGGGAGGAGCAGAGUCAAGGAGCCAUCUAUACAGUAGAGUACGCAUGCAGCGCCGUGAAGAGCAUGACGAACAGCAGCAUGUAUUUCAAAAACAUUGACAGUCUCCUCCGUCAGGCCAUCACCAUGAAGGAACAGAUCAGCAACUCCCAAGGACGCAGCUUACAUGAUGUGACCCCUUCUCCCAGUCCCCUUGUCUCUGCUCCACAUGCCCCAUCCACUUCCUCAUGACCUGUGAGCAGAGGUGUCCAAGGAAAAGGACCAUGGAUUCUGGCAUGCUAAAGGAAGGGGGAGAAAAGCACAGCUCUGGGAUGUGACGCGACUUCCUGAGUUGGUGGUGUUGCUCUCUACAGUCCCUUGCUCUGCUACCUCUCGAUUGCAGCUAAAGUGGGGUCAUAAGGACAACACCCCCUCAUCACAAUGGAGUGACAGCCUCCACUGACCCCAUAGUACAAGCCGCUCAGUGGAACAGAGCUCCACAGCGCUGCCAGGUUCAGCAUUAAAAACACUUAAGUCAUGGACGCUGCUCAAAGAAUGCAUUGUUCUCUCUCUGACUCGCUGGACAGGCCAGAGCGAAAGCAGCAGUGCUGUUUAUGCCUCUGCUGCUGAAAAAUCCACUGCAAUGCCAAUGUUUUGGACAGUAGUUUUCAGGGUUUUUUGAGUUUGUCGUGAACAGCUAAAACCUAAAAAGCACCCUGCAUGCACAGUAUAAAAGCUUGUGAAAAGAAUGUUUUUCAAGAGAGAAUUCAGACUUUAAAGAAUCACAUUUUUCACUCUUUUGUCCUUACCUGUCAGGUAGACAGAAACCCCCAGACAGAAAAGUCCAAUAGCCACAUGUCGUACAGCUCUGCUGUCCAAAAGGAACCAGUCCGCUCUGCUUAAAGAAAUGUCAUAUGUUCAGUGUCAUGGCUCAGAUAUGUUUACUCUUUAAAGAAAUAAAUGAAGAUGAUUUUCUGCAA